ACUUGAAAUCCUCGAAGACUGUUCCUUUUUGCUUCAACUUUAUCGGAAAUCCAUGCUACAUUAUCUCAUCGACUGAAGCAAGUUCCAAAUGUCCAUCCGUGUAUGUUUUCGCUUCGGUUCUCGCGCGGGUGGCCAUUUCUCGCUUCCGUGUGUGUGCGGGAAGCUCGUUUUGCGCAUGACCGUUAUGCCCACACUUCAUUGAGAAAUUAGGCCCGCGCGUGGAAAGUACCAGGAUAUUGUAAGGUCUUUUAACUACUGCAUUCCCAACAAAUUUUUAACGAUGGCGUUUCGUAGUGUAAUUGCAAGGCCCUUGUGGCAUGCUGCUCGUGCUUGUAAAAGAUCUCCUCAAGUACUUGGUGGUUCAUGGCGAUUGUGUUCUGCGAAGUCGAGUCUUGAUGAGCCAGAUUUUGAAACUCACAGGGACAAGAAGUUAUUUACCCCUGGCCCUCUCGGCGUCAGCUUUGAAACAAAGAGGGCCAUGCUGCGGGACCUUGGUUCGCGUGACACGGAGUUUAUACGGGUUGUGAAAACAAUUCGUUCGAGGCUCUUGGAAAUUGCUGGUGUUUCUCCUGAAGUGUUCACCACUGUAUUACUUCAGGGUAGCGGAACAUAUGCUGUGGAGGCUGUACUCACCACCACAACCCCCAGAGAAGGAGGGAAAGUUUUCAUCAUUGAAUGUGGUUCCUAUGGCAAGAGAAUGAUGAAGAUUUGUGAAGUUGCGGGGAUAGAAACGGUUGUACUUCACGGAGCAGAGGAUUCCAAAGUAGACUUAAAGAAAGUUGAAGAAAUCCUGAAAAGUGAUAAAUCCAUUACCAAUGUUGCCAUGGUGCACUGUGAAACCUCCACAGGUGUUAUACAUCCAGUCGCUGAAGUAGGAAAACUUGUGAAAGCACAUGCUCCAGAUGCAUCAUUUUUUGUUGAUGCUAUGAGCAGCUUUGGGGCAGUUCCACUCAAUUUAGAUCUAGCAAACAUUGACUUCAUGGUAAGCUCAGCUAACAAGUGUAUAGAAGGUGUUCCUGGGUUCUCCUUUGUAAUUGGCCAUAUUGAAUCCUUGAAGAAAUGCAAAGGAUGGGCACGUAGUUUAUCUCUGGACAUUGUUGAUCAGUAUGAAGGACUUAACCAGAAUGGCCAGUUUAGGUUCACACCAGCAACUCAUGCCAUGCUUGCUUUCCGACGAGCUUUGUCCGAGUUUAAGGCUGAAGGUGGAGUGGAUGGAAGAGCGAACAGAUACAUGGAGAACUGCAACCUUCUUCAAGAUGGCAUGCGGAAAAUGGGUUUCAAGAAGUUUCUAGAUGACACCCAUGAAGGGUACAUUAUAACUUCCUACUACAACCCUAAGCAUCCAAACUACAACUUUGAAGAUUUUUACAAUCGGCUAAACAGUAAGGACCAGGUCAUCUACCCUGGUAAAGUAAGCACUGCUGACUGCUUCAGAAUUGGCAACAUCGGAAAACUGUAUCCUGCUGAUAUGCAGCAUUUGUUGAAGUGUAUAGAAGAAGUGUUAGGUGAAAUGGGAAUUCCUGUCCCCCUAGAAGAGUAAACAAAGAGACAGCAGACUAGUUAUGUGCACCAUUUUAUGGGGUGUGAUAUACAUAGGCCAUUUCUGAGUUCUAAAAAUCCUCACUUUCUAAUUUUGACCAAGAGCAAAAUUUUCAGGUAUUAAUGGGUUACAGUUGCUUAAGGAUUAAAAUCAUUUUCCAAUGAAUAGCUUUGCACUUUUCACUGAAACAGAGGCUUUUUGCAUCUCAGAAAUGGCUCAUUAGUACAAUGCUCUUAGCUGCAUUGUUCACACCUAAUAUCAAAAAGGUUUGUUAAAGGCAUGCUUGCUGGAAUAAUUUUGAUGUGGAAAUGAAAUUAAUUUUAAUAUAGUUUAUGAAUAAGAUUUAUGUCUUAAAGAGCAGAACAAUCACAUCUUUUACAGAUAACAAGAACUCUUUUAGCAUGCAAAAUAACUCAGAGAAUUUGAGCCGAAAAGGGGAUAAGGCAAAAAACAAGUAAUCAGCAGAAAAUGCAUGAGCAGUAAAGCCAAAUUUUGCAGAUAAACUGUAAGUGGCAGUGGUGUGUAAGUGUUAGUAGUUUGAUUGGAAUGAUAGCCACUUUGCACCAUGAUUUAUGAAAUUAAUUUGAUGAAACAGCAAAUGCAAUCUCAUUAUUACAUUUGAAAAGUAAGUGUUUUCAUAUUGCUUAAGAUUUUUGGGCACAAUUAGCUUUCAUCAAAUUAUGGCACAUUUGUUCGAAGUGUUAGGGUCAGUGAAAAUAAUAUGAUUUUGAAAAUAGCUACCACACAAUUUAUUAUGUUGUAAAAGGAGAAAAUAAAAGAAUUUUCUGUUGUUAUAAUAAUUUACACUGAAAUAAGUUAAAUCAGAUUUCCUUUUUGUUGUUUCCUGUGAGGUACUUUAGAUGUCAUACUUAAAUAGUACUCCCUUAGAAUAAUCCCAUCCAUGUGAUUUAGUGGAAAGUUAUUUAUUUGAACAAUUUUCUUUUUUGAGAUAAUUCUUCAGAAAUAAUAAGGAUAAAUUUAAUUUUUCUAUUUUUUUCCUUGUCACUUUUUUCAAAGUGACUUUUCUGUAUUACUGAGAGUGUCAUUUUGUGAGAGGACCAUAAUACAAGUGGUGUGUUUUUUGGAAGUAAUGUGAUUUGAUACCAUAAGAGACAGAGCAGAGUGUCUGUUUUAACGAAGUGUUGUUUUUUACAGUGGUCAUUCCAUGCUACAUAUAGACUCCAGCUAACGAUUUUUAAGCAUGUAAUGGCUAAAAGCAUGCAGAAGCAGUAACUUUCUAAUAUAAAGAAAAUAAAUAAAUUAGUUAGUAGUUUCCAAAAAGGAUCUUUCUAAUGUUUAGAAGUGCAGAAUAAUUAAGAACAGUAAAAUAAUUUAACAGUGAGUAGUAAUUUAAAAAGUCUUUUGGGAGUCUUGUUAGAUGGAAACAAACAAUAGAUUUCCUUGAUUAGGUAACAGAACUAAUUAAAUGGUAUUGAA